GUAAUGUAUGACUUUGGAUGCAUAGCUAUCUUUUUAGUCAAAAGUACCUCAGGUCGGGUCCCAUGCAUUCCUCCCUUUUGUUCUAUCUCUCACUUCACUUUCCAGUUUCCACAGCCAUAGAUAUUAAUCAAUAUACAAAAAAGAAAAUUAGAAAAGAAAGCACAAAUCAAGUAGAAUAGAGUUGGUCUCGUCCCCUGAGGACCGAGGCAGACCUGAGGCCAGAGGAGUGAUGAUUAUCUAAUCGUAAAGCAAGCGAUCCACUUUGGAUACCCAUUGAAAAGAAAACAAAAGAGGAACAAUAAUAAUAAUAAUAAUAAAAAAACACGAGAAUGCUCAUCUGCCUCAUCAUUCAUCGCCAUGCCUUCAAGAGCGUUGCCACCAAGUGUUAGCAGGGCAAAGAGCAAGGGCGUGUUCCUUGCACUGUCCAUUUCAGCUUGUGCUGUGAUCCUGUGCUCUGUGCUUUACUUCCUUUACCAUUUGUGGCAGUCUGUGGUGCACAGAGGAGCAAAAACCAUCCCGUUCGACGCAAGUGCUCCGUUGAAGCUGCAGAGGUUCUCCUACAAAGACCUGAAGCAAGCGAGCAACGGCUUUGACAGGUGCAACGUGAUAGGGAAGGGUGGGUCGGGCACUGUGUUCAGGGGAAUACUGAGGGACGGGAAACUGAUUGCCAUAAAGCGGUUGGACUCCAUGACGGUGCAGGCAGAGAGAGAGUUCCAGAAUGAGGUGCAGGUUCUGGGAGGGCUGAGGUCACCCUUCUUGGUGACCCUGCUGGGCUACUGUGUGGAAAGGAACAAGAGGGUGUUGGUGUAUGAGUACAUGCCCAACAGAAGCCUCCAGGAGUCCCUCUUUGGAGAUGCAGAUGCAGAUGUCACCUUGACUUGGGACAGAAGGUUCUCCAUUAUCCUCGAUGUUGCCAGGGCUCUCGAGUUCUUGCACCUUGGAUGUGAUCCGCCCGUCAUACACGGCGAUGUCAAGCCUAGCAAUGUCCUGCUCGACGCAGACUGCCGUGCCAAGAUCUCCGACUUCGGCCUCUCCAGGAUUAAGCUCGACCCUCCUGAUCUUGCUGUCGACUUGUUCAGCCAGGAUCUUUCAGGUAACUUAACUGCCGACACUCAUACUCCCACUCACACUCACACUCAGAGUGUUGAUGAAGUUGAUUUCGCUAUGGCCUUGCAAGCCUCCUCUUCCUCCAAGAAUAGCAUUAGCAGGCCCUGCUUCAAUGUUAGACCUCUCAACUUGAAUUCUUUUAAUUACAAUCCCAAUCUUGCUGCCGCCGAAGCUGAAAUCACCACUGUAAAUACUAAAGGCAAGGAAAGCUCUACUUUUGAUUUGGGAGGGGAUGAUUGGAGUGGCAAGUUUGUUCCUUAUGAUGAUGAGUUUUCUAGCCUUGAUCAUAGCAAGGACCUAACUGGAGUUCAUGCUUCUUUCGCGGACGAUGACAAGGCAAAUGGGAAGCAAUGGGGAAAGGACUGGUGGUGGAAACAGGAUGGAAGCGGUGAAUUAUGCAGCAGAGACUAUGUCACGGAAUGGAUAGGGAGUCAGAUCGGCCCAUCCAACGCAGAUUGGGUCGAUGCAAAGAGUAACGUUGCCGACAAAGCUGAGUUGGAAAGAUCAGGUCCAAUGGAUGAAGCCAGUGAUGCAAACGGACCCCAGCUACAGCAGGUCUUUGGUAUGGAAAGCACCGUUGAGAGAAAGAAGAAGAACCCGCGGAAGAUGCGAGAGUGGUGGAAAGAAGAGCACAUUGCUGAAUUGAGCAAGAGCAGCAGCAAGCUCAAGAGUCUUCAAGCCAGGUGGAAGAAAGGCUUAAAAGUGCCCCAUUUUGAUCUGGGCAGAAGAUUUUACCUUUGCAAACGAAAGAACUUGGGAGAGGAGGGUGGUCAGAAUGAGUAUGAUCAAAAUGGGGAGUUCAGCUUCAGAAGAGGAUGGAAGAAGAAGAGCACUCAUUCCGUUGGAAGUGACAUGUGGAGUGGGGAUCUUUUCAGCCGCGAGCUCAGCAGCACAACCAGCAUGAGAGGGACACUGUGCUACGUGGCUCCAGAGUAUGGCGGCUGCGGCUUCUUAAUGGAGAAGGCCGAUAUAUAUAGUUUUGGGGUUUUGAUUCUUGUGAUUGUGUCGGGAAGAAGGCCGCUACAUGUUCUGGCAUCUCCCAUGAAGCUUGAGAAAGCUAAUUUGAUCAGCUGGUGUAGGCAUCUUGCUCAAGCGGGUAACAUUUUAGAACUAGUGGACGAGAAAUUGAAGGAACAUUACAACAAGGACCAAGCAAGCCUUUGUAUCAACUUGGCGCUUGCUUGCUUGCAAAGAAUUCCAGAGUUGCGCCCUGAUAUUGGGGACAUCGUUAAGAUUUUGAAAGGGGAGAUGGAUCUUCCGCCACUUCCAUUUGAGUUCUCCCCUUCACCACCUUCCAGAUUAUAUAGCAGAUCAAGGAGAAAACAGAAGGGCACUGUCGAAUAGGUUUAGGUGUUUAGCGAUGUUCAUGGAACCUGAAUGAUUCAUGUUGUAUGUAUAUCAUCUAUCAGAUAAGUUAUUUUUGGUGUUUUCGCUAGAGCCUACAAGUUGCAUAAACUCUGUUUGUAAUUGUAUGUAUCCUUGUCAAUUGUGAGUGUGCGGUUGCAGCAUUGGGUAGCUUAGCUCUUCAUUGUAAUAGGUAAGGGCAGAAGGCUAUUUGUUAGUUGCAGUUUGUUUUUCAAGAGAUCAAAUUGUCUUAAAAGGGCUCCCCUAACAUGACACCAUACACCACUUGUUUCUUACUUUCUUUUAUGUUAAGAGAAAAUUAAUCCUACUCGUCAACAUAUAAAGCAUAGUUGAAGUUCAACUAAAUCAUUCUAGUAUAUGUCCAGUUAUGCACACUAAAAAGAUCAAUGAAAUUUGAGGCCAAGCAAUAAACAUACUCUCCCUUACUUAUCUAUUUAUUUUUGGUCAAUUAGGGCUUGAUGAGAUUGACAAUGAAAAGUUCCACUUGUAGGACAAAACAAUGGUUAACAAACAAUUCUAACACUAUUGA